CCGUUUCUCCAUAGCAACCGUUGCACGGGCUUGUGCGCGUUCUCGCGUUUCCAUAGUAACCGAGAAUGCGUCAGCAGCGCUAUGAAAGUUUGUCUGCAAGCAACUGAUACACAACCGCAGAAGAUCUCGCUAUCUGCCCUAGUGGAGCCUUGCUUGUGGGAAGGAGUAAGGACUUAUGGACAUGGAUAUAUAAUUUAACGUUUAAUGGAUCUUCAGCUGCCUAAUAAUGCCUACUAAAAGUGCCAAAACGAAAGGUCCAGGUAAAUCAAGCAGUAAAGGCAAGAAGAAGUCAAAAAAGUCAAAGAAGCCUAAAGCACCAAAACCCGAGGUGGAUAUACUCAGUCCAGCUGCCAUGCUCAAUGCUUACUAUAUAUCCCACAAUGCUGUGGACUGCCUAGGCUUUCGUGGUUUUACUUGGCCUGAAGCACCAAAAAAGAAAGGAAAAAGAGGAAAGAAAAAAUAAAUAACUUUACUAGCAUGAGCCAAAAUGGCAUUUACAUUUUUUUUUUGCAUUGCCAAAAAUGUUGUACUGUAACUAUAUUUGGCCAAAAUGUACUUACAAUAGAUUUAUUGUAAUGCAGUAGUCUGGAUAUUCAGCAUUUAUACAUUGUUGGUGUUCAUUUGUAUAUCAUAUGGCCAGUAGAACCAGUUGUAUCACUUUUAUAUAUUCUAAUAAUAAACAGCCUU